UGGGUCGAUUCUCUUGUCCACAAAAUUUUGUGAAUGGUCAGUGUUGUAGUUCUAAGUUAAAUAAAUCAAGAAAGCACAUAGCUAUAGGAAGUACGAAGUAAAAAUCUAGAGCCUUAAACCUGUUACGUAAGUAGAAUUUCGAUCACAUCAUCAACAACAAUCUAUAGCAUGCCGAUCAUCAACUCGAAUAAAUAUAACUUCCUACAUACAAACUUAUAUAUAACCAACUAUUAUACAACAAAGUACUUAAUUACAUAAAAAAAAGUAUACAAAGUACUUAAUUAAAUAAUAAGGUAAAGAAUGCAAAUAAGAUAUAUAUACUAUAUAGGAUCUACAAAAUCUAUACUCCACUUUUUAUAACUUUAGCCCUCUAUAUAUUCAUCUUCCAACACAACCACAAUUCCACAUCCAACUCUAUCCUCAUCUCCCACAACAAUAAUACAUACAUACUCUCUCUUUUCAUUUGCAAACCAAAAACAUGUUUCCUUCAACUUCCUUUUCUUCUACUCCCCAAGAAAUCAUUACUAACCUUCACUAUUCUAGAAGAUUACUACUUCACUCCCCAUUCCACCCUUCACCACCUACAACAGAAGCACCAACACCAACCUACCAAGUCCUAGACCCGAGUUCAAGCCAUGGCAACCCUGGCUUUGAUUCUAACAUAGUCAUGAUCCUUGCGGUCUUGGUGUGCGCAUUAAUAUGUUCAUUCUGCAUAAACACCAUCAUAAGGUUUGUAAUCAAGUGCUCUUUUAUGAUUACAGGAGAGCCUAGUUAUUACCUAAACACAAUUAAUCAUGAUCAAAAGAAGAAAAGUUGCAAUGGUUUGGACAAAAGGGCAUUAAAGACAUUUCCAGUGGUGAAGUACUCAAGUGAGGUGCAAAUUCAAGGGUUGGGUACAGAGUGUGUGAUAUGUUUAUCAGAGUUUAAGGGUGGAGAAAAAGUUAGGAUAUUACCAAAAUGCCAUCAUGGUUUCCAUGUUAAGUGCAUUGAUAAAUGGCUUAGUUCUAACUCCUCUUGCCCUACUUGUAGACAAUCUUUAGUUGAAACUUGUAAAAAGAUUAUUGGUGGUGAUGAUCAUCAAACUGCCUCAUCAUCAUCAUCAUCAUCAUCAACCACAGCUUCUUCAUCAUUAUCGUCGUCGACAUCAACAACAACACCAUCGUCUAGGGAGAUGAUUGUAGUGAGCAUUGUGCCACUUGAAAGGGAAGAUUUGGUGAGAAAUUACAGGAGUGAAGUUGCUCAAAGCUAGACAAAUUCUGUAGUUCGUUUAUUUUAUAGAUUUUUGUUAAUUAAAAGAGUAAAAAAUUAGGGAGAUUUUAACAAUUUUAUGAUUAAUUAAUCUGUUUAGUUGUGCACAUUAUAGAUAUUAUUAUAACGAUGAGUAGUUCUUAAUUAUUGUUCAUCUUGCAAGUGUACAAACAAAAGAGCGAUAAUUUAUUUGUCCAUAACCUCCUUUAAAUAAUUGUCAAUAUUAUUGGCUUAUUCCUUUUUCAAAUUAUAACUUGACUUGCCGUAUCAAUAUUUCUAGUCACACCAUUUACCAAUAUAAUUAUAAUCUUCUCCUAUGGUGAACUGUAACAUAUGAAAUUUAACUUGAAUUGAAUGACCUUACAUAUAUUGACGCACUAACUUAUCCAAUUCCUGAUUCCUACACCCGGGUGAACCAUGAGCAUGGUGCACUUGGCCCAAAACGACACCCCUUUCUUCAUUAAACGCAGGUCGCAUUUAAACCUCAAAA